CCGACUGCCGGGUUGGAGCGGAGGUUGACGGGUGCGCGGGCGCGGCGCGGUGCGGCGCGGCGCGAUGCUGGUGGACUCUCGCUUGCCAAGGCCACGGCCAGAAGUCUGGAGCCCUCCGUGACUCUAGUAGCUUUCAGCCUGCCUUCCUUUCUGGGCGGCGAGCCUCUUUGGGUACGGUGGCUGCAGGCACAGUGUAGGAACCGAGGACCCUACCGCCCACCCCGUCCCGCCUCCGUCUGCCAUGUCGACGGUUGAGGCCACGGCGACGGCCGAGGCCCAGGAACCAUACGGCAGACACAGGUCUAGCAGCCCCCGCCCCAGUCCGGUGAUCCGGGUGGUGACGGAGGAUGAAGUGGCGCAGGGUUUUUUCAAGUCUAUGGACCUUAAUCGUGUCAUCAAACUCCUUGAAGAGACUGAUGAAGAUGAUUCAGAAGCAAAACAACUUCAAUCUGUCAAGAAACUGGUGCAAUGUUAUCAGAAUGGACUUCCUCUGAGAGAUUUAGCACAGAUAUUUAAAAUUUUGAAUCUGUGUGCAGAAAAAAUUGAAAACCAGUCCUGUUUUGUAGAAUCUGCAUGUGAUAUACUAAAAUUAUGUGGCUUGCCAUUUUUGAAAAAGAAAGUAUCAGAUGAAAUAACAUAUGCCGAAGAUACUGCUAAUUCAAUCGCACUUCUGGGUGACUUAAUGAAAAUACCAAGUUCUGAGUUGAGGACACAGAUUUGUAAGUGUAUUGUUGACUUUUAUCAUGCAGAACCACCAAAGAAGCAUAUUACAGGUUACCAGCAAGCUAGUUCAUCAUACAAGAUUCAAAUGGCUGAAGUUGGAGGAUUGGCAAAAACAAUGGUCCAGUCAAUGGCCUUGCUCGAAAAUCAGCUUGUUGAGAAACUCUGGGUACUUAAAGUUCUGCAGCAUCUCUCAACUUCUGAAGUCAAUUGUAAUUUAAUGGUGAAAGCACAAGCAGCCAGUGAACUCUGUGUUCACCUUAAUGACUCAGAUCCCUCUGGACAGCUUCUAUUUCGUUCAUCAGAAAUACUUUGGAAUUUAAUGGAAAAAUCUUCAAAAGAGGAAAUAAUCCAACAGCUUAGUAACUUGGAAUGUUUGCUGUCUUUGAAGGAAGUAUUUAAAAAUCUGUUUAUGAGAGGUUUUAGUCAUUAUGAUCGUCAGCUUAGAAAUGAUAUAUUAGUGAUCACUACAAUUAUAGCUCAAAAUCCUGGAGCACCAAUGAUUGAAAGUGGUUUUACCAGAGAUUUGAUACUUUUUGCAACCUUUAAUGAAGUUAAAAGUCAAAACCCUUUGGUGAAAGGUCUUAAAUUUUCUAAUUCCUAUGAAGAUUUUGAGUUGAAGAAAUUGCUAUUCAAUAUAAUUGUGAUUUUAUGUAAAGAUUUACCAACUAUUCAGCUGCUAAUUGAUGGCAACGUCAUCUUGGCUUUGUUUACCUAUGUUAAAAAGCCUGAGAAACACAAAAUAAUUGAGUGGUCUGCUUCACAGCAUGAAGAAUUACAACUGCAUGCACUUGCCACUUUGUCGUCAGUGGCUCCUUUACUAAUAGAAGAGUAUAUGUCAUGCCAGGGAAAUGCUCAAGUCCUUGCAUUUCUAGAAUGGUGUGAGAAUGAAGAUCCCUUCUUUAGUGAGGGUAACAGUUUUCAUGGUACAGGUGGCCGUGGCAACAAGUUUGCCCAGAUGCGUUACAGCUUAAGACUCCUGAGAGCCAUGGUGUACCUUGAAGAUGAGACCAUAAACCAGGAUCUUUGUGGAAAAGGAGCAAUUCAGCAACUGAUAGGAAUGUUUAAAAAUACAAUAAGCAAGCCUAAUGAAAAGGAAGAGGCCAUUGUUUUGGAACUUCAUUCUGAUAUAUUACUUAUCUUAUCUGGUCUUUGUGAACAUCAUAUUCAUAGGAAGGAAAUUUUUGGAACUGAAGGUGUGGAUAUAAUUCUCCAUGUAAUGAGAGCAGAUCCCAAGAAGUUACAGAGUGGAUUAGGCUAUAACAUACUUCUUUUUAGUACAUUGGACAGCAUUUGGUGCUGCAUUUUAGGAUGUUAUCCCUCAGAGGAUUAUUUUCUUGAAAAGGAAGGAAUUUUUCUCCUUUUGGAUUUAUUGGCAUUGAACCAAAAAAAGUUCUGUAAUCUGAUACUUGGAAUAAUGGUUGAAUUUUGUGAUAAUCCCAAAACUACCGCUCAUGUCAAUGCUUGGCGAGGGAAAAAGGACCAGACAGCUGCUAGUCUCUUAAUUAAACUGUGGAGAAAAGAAGAAAAGGAACUAGGAGUAAAACGUGACAAAAAUGGAAAGAUCAUUGAUAUAAAGAAACCUCUAUUAAAGUUUCAAGAAGAACAAAAACCCAUGCCACUGCCUGCCAACUGCCCAACUGUUGCAGUUAUGGAUGUUGCUGAGAAUAUCAGAGCAAAAAUAUAUGCUGUGUUGGGAAAACUAGAUUUUGAGAAUUUACCUGGCCUAUCUGCUGAAGAUUUUGUCACACUCUGUAUCAUACAUAGGUAUCUUGAUUUUAAGAUUGGAGAAAUAUGGAAUGAAAUAUAUGAAGAAAUAAAAUUAGAAAAGUUAAGACCAAUCACUGCAGAUUCAAAAAAUUUGGAAGCUAUUAUAACAGCAUCAGAAAAUAUUGGAAAGAUGGUUGCUUCUCUGCAAAGUGAGAUGAUUGAAAGCCAAGCACGCCAAGAUGUACAAAAUGAACAAAAAGUAUAUGCAAAAAUACAAGCCACAAACAAGCAAAGAGAAUUGGCCAAUAAAUCAUGGAAAAAUUUCUUGGCUAGAACAUCAAAUGAUAAAACUUUAAAGAAAGCAAAAAGGCUUCAGGAAAAGGCUAUAGAAUCCUCUAGAACCAAUGAACGACCACAAAAUGCAAUAUUUCACCGGACAGAUAUUAAAGGCCUUAGCACAACGGUCUCCUUUGGUCGGGUAGUAACAGUGGAAAGCACUCCUGCUAGACUAACAGGAGGACCUCUGGCUGACACAGAUAUGGCUCUUAAAAAACUGCCUGUUCGAGGAGGAGCCUUACAGAGAGUGAAAACAGUUAAAACCAUAGAUGAGCCAAAGAAGAUUAAUCCUACAUAAAAUACUCUGGAGACUUUUUGAAAUAAAUUCUGCUUAUAAUUUUUCUAGUUAAAUUUAUCUUUAUAUACAAAUGUAAAUGAAAUAUUUUAGUAUAAAAUAUUAAUAAAAUAGUAAAAUACUAUAUAAAAAAGCACAUAUAUUUUUAUUGAAAGUAUCAACAUGUAACAAAUGUAACAUCAGAAAAGUUGCUAAUUCUCUUAAUUAAAAUUGUAAAACAUUGUUAUAUCAGUUAGGAAUCUUGGUUACAAAGACAGAGAAAACAGUGCCCUGAUGCUGCUUCCUACUUCCCAGUUCCCUAAACUAGGCCAACUCCAUCCAAAGCAUGUGGUGUAAGAAGCUGUAGGGGCAGAAUUAGGGCACUGUUUUCAAAAGUACAUAUGAAUAUUGGGCAGGGAAAAAAGGUCUACAGUCAUAUGUUGGCCAAAGUAAAAUAAGUUAUCUAUAAAAAAGCAAAUGUUAAUCAAGAGUUAAACAGUAAAAAUGCAGGUGGUUUUACUCUUAAUAUAUAAAUAU